AUGGCCGAGGAAACGUCCGUUGUGGCCGAACCGGAUGAAGUUGACGAGGAGAAAGAGGAGCUGAAAGUGGAAGCACUCCGAAUGAGCCAGAAAGAGCUCAAGGAUGCGGCCGAGGUACGUGACCGAUCCAAGUGUGCUAGAGACAUGCCAGAUUCCGCAUUCCGCAAAAUAACUAUCAAAAACAGAGCUAAAGACCUUUCUGCGGUGAUCCAAUGAGAUCCGUUCGGACGCACUUGCGAGAACCGACCAUCAUCCGAUUAGGGUCGAAAGACGCUUUCCCAUCCAGUAUUCCUCUUGUUCUCUCUCUCUCUCUCAAAAGUCACGUUUCCGCAUUCGGCUCAUUCGCAAUUCGUCCGUCUUCCGUUUUGCAGAAGAGCAGCCGUCUCGGAGAGCUCCUUUCGGACGACUCUUUCUGUCUUGAGUACAUUCGAAAGCACGCAAAAGAGGACAUUCUGCCGCCGGCCGCCUGGAUCGACGCGCACGCAAAAAACGAGUUGGUGACGGAUUCGGGCGAACAGUUGAAGUUUGCCUUCAGAGACUAUGCGGUUGGUCGGAGCAUAAAUUAAUGGGAGGAAAACGAGCGAGUUGUGAUUGCAGACAGGUGUGAAGAACGGCUACGGGACGGGUGUGGUCAGCUCGAAACGUGGCACUUUCCAAGAACCGUCCGAUCGAGUGGAGAGACGCAGGCAAGUACGUGGUCCCGAUGGACGGCUCAACAGCCUCGCACGUGUCUGGAAGACGCUGAACACGGAGUGGACGAACGCCGAAAAUGCGUCCGAGUGCUUCGAUCAGGGCAGAUCCUUCUGUGUCGAUCUCAACGAUUUCGUCGAGGUAACAGAUGAAAGAGUACUGUUUUGGAGUUGUAGAAACAAACGAAAUUUUCAGUUUUCAAAGCACUCUGCGAUUCCUCAAACUCACUCAAAAUGUUCUUGAAACUUUAUACUUCUCAUUCCAAGACACCUCCUCGAUUUCAGCCGUGGAUCAUGUCCUAUGUGAAGCCAAAGAUCGUCGUGACGUGUUCGGUCAAAUCGCCAAUGUCUCGACCGGACAACGUCGGUUUCGGCUUCCUGGAAAUGGCCGUCAAAAUGGGCAGAGUGCGACACCCGCGCAUUCGUGGAUUCGAUAAGGGACUCAAGUGGAUGGUCACCAUUCCCGAGGCGGUCGACGGAUGGAAGAGUGCCAGAAUGCGAUUGGACAGCUACGAGACCAUCGACAAACUCGAGUUCAGAAAGAGAUCGUCGAACAUGUGA